CACUAAAACUUUCAAAAGGCAAAAAGCUGUGGCCUGUCUGCAAGUGAAGCUGUGGCUAUAUACCAAACCGAGGAGCGCACCAACUGACCUGAGUGCAGCCGGACAGGUUGAGGUGGAUGAGUUUGUGGCAGCCCUUUCCUGUGGUCAGGCUAAAAAGCAGCUGUGUUUCGUCAACAAUAACACUGUUGGUCCAGUUGCUUCUGUUUUCGUAAGACUUUCAUCCUAAACUCCUGCUUUGGCUCCAGCUCAUCUUACUGAAAAGAUAAUCCCUGCAGGGCUCAGAAUGCAUGUGACCUCCUGUCUCCUCUUCUCCUUCCUGAUCCUCCUCCUGCUCUCGUCCAUUGAGAUGAAAAAGCCGGGGAGGGGCAGAGGCCUCAAAGGAGCAAGGCACAAGCUCACACGGGACAGAGCACGAGGCACUGGGCGCCACAGCAGAUCGGGCCCCUCCAGACUUGUGUCACCUGCCUGCUCAGAGUCGACAGAAUCUGGAGAUUUCUUCGUGGACUGUCAGGACCGACGUCUCUCUUCCAUUCCCUCUUCACAAACCUGGUCCAAAGCCCCCAAACACCUCCUUAUGGCUCGCAACCGGAUCAAGGUCCUUCGUGAUGGAGCCCUUUUUGGAUAUGAGAGUUUAACUAGUCUAGACCUGCAGCAGAACCAGAUCUCUUUAGUGGAGGAAGGAGCCUUUCAGGGCCUGACACGCCUUACAACCCUGCUGCUGCAGCACAACCGCCUGGGAACACUUAGCGAGGAGGCCCUCAUCCCCAUGCCAAACCUUCGCUAUCUUCGUUUAUAUGAUAAUCCCUGGAACUGUCUCUGCCCUUUGGAUAGUCUCAUACGCACCCUUCAGGUCCCAAGCAACCGGAAUUUUGGAAAUCAUGCCAGGUGUGCAGAGCCCAUCAGGCUAAAAGGCAUGAAGAUGAAGCAGGUUGACCCUGAGUUACUCUGUAAGGAGUCAGACCCGACCGGCGACCCACAGGGCGACCAAACAAACCCCAUUGAACCUGUAGAGCCAAGUCCAAUACGCAGCAAACCAGAUGCCACCACAUCCUGCCAUAUCUACAUUUUCCCUGAAAUGCGAAUGGACUGCAGUAAACGAGGUCUAACUGAGGUGCCCACAGGUAUUCCAGAUGAUGUUGUUCACAUUGAUCUGUCCUAUAAUUCGAUCCGUCAUCUCAGAGCCAGAGAUUUCCAAGGCGCAAGGAGCCUCAGAACCCUUAUCCUCAGUAAUAACUACAUGGAGCAUAUCGACACAGCAUCUCUGUCUGGGCUCCUGCACCUCAGAGAGCUGGACUUGUCUGACAACAGCCUGCAUUUUGUCCAGUAUGGGGUUCUCGAAGACCUUUACUUCCUGUCUCAGCUAAAACUGGGAGGAAACCCUUGGGUGUGUGACUACAGCAUCCACUACAUGGUGUACUGGCUACGUCUGCACCCAGGAGUGAGGCACUCUGGCCUGUUCUGUCGCUCCCCUCCUGAACAUACUGGGGAGAGUGCGGAGGCCUAUGUGCAUUCCUACAACAGAGAGUGUCCAAAAGACAGACAGCACAGCAGAACCGAUCAAGACGAAACAAACCCAGAGCUUUGGAACACACCGAUGGAAGUGCAGGGAGAGCUGGAGGAGGAGCUGGAGCCGAGCCACUUGAGAGUGCCGCAGAAAUACCAGAUCAUCAGACUGUCCUGACUCGAGUGAAAACCUGACCUGAAAUCUGGCUUUUAAAAUGCUUUUUGUUUUCCUGUCUUUCAUUUACUUUCAGUAUUAAACAAGUCUGUAUCAGAUGGAGAAACUACAUUUUUCAGUGUCACUUUUAUGUUUUGUCAGUGUUGUGUAAUCAAAAUAUAAGAUUUGUCAACUUA